AUGAGGUACUUGAAUGGAAUAUGUGUUGACUCGACAAAUGGGGUUUAUCUUGUGAGGAAACAACUUAGUGGAACAGAUCAUCCCAUUCAUUGUCAAUUUAAAACCACAAACUCUCCUUCUAUUGCAUGUAGUGUUGAUACAUGUCGUCAACUUAGCGAAACUGCUUCAAGAAGUGGUCAAGCAAAUUUUCUUUGUGAUCAUGUGCAGUCUACAUAUUUUAUUGGGACGUCAACUGUUGUUGAUCAUUUAAGAGAAGAUUCUCUUGAUUAUAUAGUGAACACUUUGAAAUGGUUGAAAUUUGAACGGAGGUCUGAAUGUCUGCAGUGGCAGAAACAAGCUAAUGACAAGAAUACCCCACUUGUUGUUCAGAUGCCUGUCACACCUGAUUCCUCCAAUCUGGGCAAUUGGACAGUGGCAUCCCUCUGUUGUUGGCACCACCCACCAAUUGAUGAUGAAAUUGGUGAAGAUUUAAGUUUACCAGAACCAGAAGAUAAUGCUGUUGAAGACGUUCUACUUGAAAAUCAAAAUCAAAUUUCCCUAUCUGGCAGCUUUUUUUAUCCUCCUUCUGGAGAUGUGGCUGCAAAGUUUGUUGAAUACCUGUUUGCUGAAAAGAAAAUCCCUUCACACCUUCCUUUGACAUUAACUGUGGAAAAGGAACAAUUUGCUAAAAGUUACCUUCCUGUAGAAACCAUCUGUUUUUAUUGUAAAUCACCACUAACUGAGCCACACUGUGUAACAAGAAAUGCAAAGUUGGUAACUAUGAAAGGGAUUAUUGAAGGAAUUUCGCUGUUUGCAAAGUUUUGUGUCGAGUGCAAGAUACCGUACAGAUACCAGGAGUAUUCAGCUGGUGUUCACAAUUUUAAUGACAACUGGCUUUUAAGUUUGGGAAUAUGUGAUAUGAUCAGAAAACAUCUUCAGGUUCACAACGCUGUCAGUCGCACUGUUGAGGCAAUUGAAAACUGGCUGCAGUUGCGACCAUUUCAGUUACCACGUGGUCAAAUGAUGAACGCGUAUCUUCACUUUGAAGCUCUCUCAGAUCAUGACUAUGGGUUUUCUUGUGUUUUGUGUGGACACUUUCCUCCCUUUAGUGAACUUCAGUUGCCAGACCCCGAAUCCGAUGCUCCUGCAGAUGAAGUGGACGCUGAAAAGUACUGGCAACAAGUGAACUGUGGGAUCUUAUACAGAGGAGUAUUGAGAGAAAUCAAGCCUUCAUAUAAGUUUUGGGCCCCAUAUAUUGGCCCAAAAUGCAGAAGAGGAAGGAAACUUUUUAAUACCGAAUACAUGAAAGCGUAUCAUAAACAAAACCUAACAUCAGCUGGGGCUACAUCUGAUGAAUGUUCAAUUGAAAAGCUCAUGGAUUUGUUCUGUGAAGGAAAAGUACCUGUUAUAAGAGAAAUGGCCAGAAGUUUAAAUGUGAGCGACAAGGGGUCGAAACUUGAUAUAAUUAACCGUAUAAAAUCUGUUUUGAAUAUCGAAGAAACGUUUCUUAAACUUUUCUCAAAGAUGUGGGGUGGUUCAGCUUACAAAAAAUUCAUCAAAUGGUUUCCUUUUUCGGGCAAAAGGUUCAGGUUCAAUUCCUGUCUGAUGACGUAUGUGAGUUAG